AUGAACAGUUUUCUGUGUUUAUUGGCCUGCUUGCUCGCUGUUGCAUAUGCUCCCACAACAACUAGGUCACCACAUCAACAUAAUACCCAUCAAACCACCAGACACCAUGGGCAUCAUCUCACCCACGCGCCACCUAUUGGAGAGGGAUUUUCCUUCAGAUAUGACCCAAAAUCGCACCGUCUGGCCGUGGUAAAUAACCAUAAGUGCUGGAUAUACCAUCCAAGUGAUGCCGAGCAGAGCACAAUCAAAGACAUCCACACGCUAAGAGACCUUGAGGUAAAGCUUAUCCAACAAAUUGACAACACUCCUACUGGCACGUCCUUGUCACAUUCUGACCUUGGCCUCAUGAGCCCACUUCUCGCGCACCUAUGCCAUAGUGACUGGCCGAUUGUGAUUCUGAACUAA